GUGGCGCCCGGCGUAGGAGCGCUUGAGUCUGGAGUCCUCGGGCGCUCGGACGUUUGGUGGCGUCGUGGCCAGCGCGCCUCGGCGUCCCUGCUCCGUGCGGUGCGAUGGCGGACGAGGGGAAGUCGUACAACGAGUACGAUGACCGCGUUAGUUUCCCUCAAAGAAGAAAGAAAGGUCGGGGUCCUUUCCGGUGGAAGUAUGGUGAGAGUAACCGUCGCUCUGGAAGAGGUGGCUCUGGGGUCCGGUCCAACCGGCUGGAGGAAGACGAUGGAGAUGUGGCGAUGAGUGAUGCGCAGGACGCUCCCCGUGGACGGUACACCCCCUAUGGGGCUCGCCCUAACCGCCGCGGCGACACGUGGCACGAUCGGGAGCGUAUUCAUGUGACUGUUCGGAGAGACAAGACUCCUACAGAGAGAGGAGGGGCUGGCACCAGCCAGGACGGGACCUCCAAAAACUGGUUCAAGAUCACAAUUCCUUAUGGCAGAAAGUAUGACAAGUCGUGGCUCAUGAGCAUGAUUCAGAGCAAGUGCAGUGUCCCGUUUACCCCCGUUGAGUUUCACUAUGAGAACACACGGGCUCAGUUUUUUGUCGAAGAUGCCAGCACUGCAUCUGCAUUGAAGGCAGUUAACUGUAAGAUUUUGGAUCGGGACAACAGAAGGAUAUCUAUCAUUAUUAACUCUUCGGCCCCACCGCGCACUAUACAGAAUGAACUGAAGCCAGAACAAAUAGACCAGCUCAAGGUGAUCAUGAGCAAACGAUAUGAUGGCUCCCAGCAAGCACUUGACCUCAAGGGCCUGCGUUCAGACCCCGAUUUGGUGGCCCAGAAUAUUGACGUUGUACUGAAUCGUCGAAAUUGUAUGGCUGCUACCCUGCGAAUCAUUGAAGAGAAUAUUCCAGAGCUGUUAUCCUUGAAUGUGAGUGACAAUAGGCUCUUCAAGCUGGAUGACAUGUCAGCCCUGGUGCAGAAGGCGCCCAACCUGAAGGUGCUGAACCUCUCCGGAAAUGAAUUGAAGUCUGAGCGGGAGUUAGACAAGAUAAAAGGGCUGAAGCUAGAAGAACUGUGGCUUGAUGGAAAUCCCUUGUGUGACACCUUCCGAGACCAGUCCACCUACAUCAGCGCCGUUCGCGAGCGAUUCCCCAAAUUGUUACGCCUGGAUGGCCAUGAGUUGCCCCCGCCUAUUGCCUUUGAUGUCGAAGCUCCCACGCUGUUGCCGCCCUGCAAGGGAAGCUACUUUGGAACAGAAAACCUUAAGAGUCUGGUCCUGCACUUCCUGCAGCAGUACUAUGCGAUUUAUGACUCUGGAGACCGGCAGGGCCUCCUGGACGCCUACCAUGACGGCGCCUGCUGCUCCCUGAGCAUUCCUUUCAUCCCCCAGAACCCCGGCCGGAGCAGCUUGGCCGAGUACUUCAAGGAUAGCAGAAAUGUGAAGAAGCUCAAGGACCCUACCCUGCGCUUCCGACUGCUGAAGCACACGCGUCUCAAUGUCGUGGCCUUCCUCAAUGAGCUGCCCAAAACUCAGCAUGACGUCAAUUCCUUCGUUGUAGACAUAAGCGCCCAGACCAACACGUUACUGUGUUUUUCCGUCAACGGUGUCUUCAAGGAAGUGGACGGGAAGGCUCGGGAUUCUUUGCGAGCCUUUACUCGGACAUUCAUAGCUGUUCCUGCCAGCAACUCAGGGCUGUGUAUCGUCAACGAUGAGCUGUUUGUGAGGAAUGCCAGCCCUGAAGAGAUCCAGAGAGCCUUUGCCAUGCCUGCCCCCACGCCUUCCUCCAGCCCCGUGCCCACCCUGUCCCCGGAGCAGCAGGAAAUGUUGCAAGCCUUCUCUACACAGUCCGGCAUGAACCUGGAGUGGUCACAGAAGUGCCUUCAGGACAACAACUGGGACUACACCAGAUCUGCGCAGGCCUUCACCCUUCUCAAGGCCAAAGGCAAGAUUCCGGAAGUGGCGUUCAUGAAGUGAGAUGCCCAGAGGCCCCUGUAAAUAGCCCCGGAUACCAUCGGUUGUCAUCCUCUCUUCCACUGGCGCAAAGCCGCCCUGUGACUGUGACCAAGGAGAGGGGCCGCCGAGUCCCUCUCCUUGCUGCCUUCUGGAGAACUCCGGAGACUGAGCCUCACCGGGCAGGAAGCCAAAGCGUACCUUGUAGGACUGACACUAAACUACCGAAGGCCUAGGUGCUUUGUGUACUUAACCCCAGGAUCCUCCCGACUUUUUAAGAUAAAGAGUGAUGUUGU